AAGAUUAUAGCGAAAUUACACUGUUUGCGUUUCUAUAGGCACUUUCUGUAGAUUAGUAAGGUUCCCCGAGAUAGGAAUUAUUAGGUACCUACUUAGGUUCAGGCCGGCAAGGUCAGUAUUACGGGUGCGGCACAUUUUUGGAGCGCAUGUUGUUAGAACCUCAUGGGAAACUUGAUGAUAAUAACUAUACAGGUGAGGCACAUUUUUGGAGCGCUUGUUGUUAGAAAUCGGACUCAAAUAAAUGCCUUUACCGUGAUUCGAACCCAAGUAGUUUGUAGUAGGUACCUUUGCAGCAGAAGCGUUGUCGCUGCACCAAUUGUCCUUUCUCUCAACAUUGCUUACACUUACUCUACAGCCACAUUAUUGCACUAUCGCGAACAUUGCAGUUUUCACAACCCAUCUAACCAAGCCAUAGUAUCUGAUCGUAUUCUGAAAUCUGACAAUAGCUCGGCCCGACUUGUCGUGAAAAAGAAAAUGUUCGCAAUGGCGGGACAGUGUGGCUUAGCAUUCAUCAUCAUCAUCAUCAGCCUUAUAAUAUCCCCACUGUUGGGGCACAGGCUUUCCCUAUGGAUGGAAUAGGGAGAUUGGGCCAUGAUACACCACGCGGGCUCAGUACGGAUUGGUGGGUGCUAACGACUGCAGAUGCAGCCGGGACCAACGGCUUAACGUGCCUUCCGAAGCACGGUGGAGCUCGAGAUAGUGAAUUUUUGGUCACCCAUCCAAUGACCGACCGCUACGAAAGUUGCUUAACUUCAACGAUCGCAGCCGAACGCGCUAACCACUUGCGCCAUCGAGCUCCUCAGCAUCGGCUUAGCAUUAGUGUAAGUAUAAUUCUUUUUAAGUUUUUUUCUAGUAAUCCAGUAGUUUCCCGCGAAGAGUCGUCACCGUGGUAUGGAGGGCGGGCGGCAAUCCAGGCUACUCAGUCGGCUGCUUGGCAGGCUGCGUGGCGAGCAUCGAUAUUCCACUUUGGACAAGAACCUCUCUCUUACAUCCACUGUUGAAAGUACAGGCUGUAGCACCAAUAAUGAGGAUGAUGACCCGGAUGCUCCCAACAUGACGUCGACGAGUUCAACCAACGCCCCAAUAGAUGCCAAUCAGUUUGCUGCCAACAUUGACCUCAGGUACGGCGGUCAAUAUUUGACUCCAGAGCAGCUGCCAGAGUUUUGUGACCAACUGCACCACCUGGUGGAAAUAGUCAGAAAUAUUCAGUCUUAUUCCCAAAUCACAGGAGAAUAUCCAAGCGAAUUAAAACGCCGUUUAGAGCAAGAAGCACGUGAAGUCGCCUCGUUGGCAGCAGAGGCUCGCAACGCGCGCGACUUCGUGGCGAGAACUCGCGCCCAGCGUCGAGCCGUGCGCGCGUUUAAGAAGCACCUCGUGGCACAUUUGUCCAGCUUAAAAGAAACCGAAGUCCGUGAGCUGGAAAGUACCGUGAGGCUUUCUGAUAGAAAACUAUUCAAGAAUUGGGAAGCUCUCAAGGAUUCUACAGAUCCUGCCGUUUUCAAUCCUUUACUAGAAGAAAUAAGGAAUAAACAAACAGCGUUAGAGUGCUUAGUGCGGCUGAUUGAGAGUCGCAGGUCGACCAUCAUUCGCGCUGCACCGCCGCCACAACCGCUGCCGCCACCGCUACCAAAAGAUCACGACGACGCCGACGAAUCUUCAACCAUCACGGGUAGAAGGCGCCAACAAGACAAUCGUAGAUCCAGCGCCAAAAGGCGCCGGAAAGAGUCUACAAGAGAACCCAGAUCAGUUCCGCUGUCCAAUGAAAACAGUAGACAUGGACCGCCUCCACAGGUAACACUAUACAUCCAGGGUGAGAGCGCGCAGCGUUGUCGCGUGGGCAGUGCAGGCGCGGUCGCACUUGCACCGCUCGAGUUUCCAUCAAGAGGAAGCGUUCGCGACAUUAUGUUCUUCACGACUGAUUGA